GAGAGAGAGGUGCGGCUGAGAGAGACAGCCUCUUGGAGCUGUGAGGCAGAAGUGAUGGAUUCAGCCCACAGAAAAGUGACAGUCUUCUCCUAACGGGCCACAGGCAGUACACAAACCUGCCCCGGACUCUCGCCAUUCAUCAGGAGACGGCCUCCACCUUUCAGCUGUCUCUUCAAAACGUUCAAGUGGAUUUUGGGACCAACUACUCAACGUCUGCAGAAGAAUUUCUGGCAAGUUAAGCUUCUGUUGGGCUAAUGACGGUGUUUUAAUAAGAGACUUUAAAACACUGCUGCCUCUCCACUGCUGGAAUGGACUGAAGGUGACAAAGAGGGAGACGGACGACAGAGCAGAAAGGGGGGCAGCUUUCACACUUGGGAUGACUUUCUACCAGGAGAAACUUGAAUCAGCUCUGCCAGGAAGGCAAGGCAACUGAGGGAGCCUCAUCAAUACUCUACAGUUAUCUCGCUUUACUGUGUUGGACGCAAACUCAUGGAGUCCCCUUCAAUGGUCCUGCUGGGGCUCCUCUUUGUUUAUGGACUAGUCUGUGGCGUCCAGCAGACUGAGGGGAGUCGGUCGGACAGCAGCCAUGGCAGGGACAGGACCCAAGAAUUUGACAGCAGUGAGGAUGGUCUAGAGAAAGAGUUUCUCUAUGCUGGAAGGAGCAAACGUGCUCCAGCCGACCAGCAGCAGGACAAGUGCUCCUACACUUUCAUUGUGCCUCAACAAAAAGUGACCGGAGCCAUCUGUGUCAACUCCAAGGAGCCAGAGGCCAUGCUGGAGAACCGGGUCAACAAACAGGAGUUGGAGCUGCUAAAUGUGGAGCUGCAGAAACAGAAGAGGCAGAUCGAGACGCUGCAGCAGCUGGUGGAGGUGGACGGAGGUAUCGUCAAUGAGGUCAAGCUUCUGAGGAAGGAGAGCCGAAACAUGAACUCCAGAGUCACUCAGCUGUACAUGCAGCUGCUCCACGAGAUCAUCAGGAAGCGAGACAAUGCCCUAGAACUGGCUCAGAUGGAGAACAAGAUCCUGAACCAAACCUCUGAGAUGCAACUGCUCACCAGUCGAUACAAAGAUCUCGAGCACAAGUACCAGCACUUGGCUUCUUUGGCCACAAACCAAUCAACUCUUAUCGCCCUCUUGGAGGAGCAGUGCCAAAGUCGCCCUCGCCCUCGCCAUGUGCCUGUGUCUCAGCCACGGCCUCAGCCACCUCCACCAUCGCCACCUCUCCACAAGCCUUACCAGCCGCCUGUCAUUCCACGAAUUAACAACCCAAUCAGCAACGAGAUCCAGAGUGACCAAAAAUCUCUGCCACCUCUUCUUCCAACCAUGCCGGCCGGCACCCACAGCCCCUCCACCACCGACAAGCCCUCUGGACCGUUUAAGGAUUGUCUCCAGGCUCUGGAAGAUGGCCACACUGCCAGCGGCAUGUACCUGGUGAAGCCUGAAAAUGCCAACCGGCUUAUGCAGGUGUGGUGUGACCAGAGACAUGACCCAGGUGGCUGGACAGUGAUCCAGAGGAGGGUGGACGGCUCUGUCAACUUCUUCAGGAACUGGGAGACAUACAAGCAAGGCUUUGGCAACAUUGAUGGCGAGUACUGGCUCGGUCUGGAGAACAUCUACUGGCUGACUAACCAGGGGAACUACAAGCUGCUGGUCACGCUGGAGGACUGGUCGGGCAGGAAGGUGUUCGCAGAGUACGCCAGCUUCAGGCUGGAGCCCGAGGCCGACUUCUACAAGCUGAGGGUGGGCCGUUACCAUGGCAAUGCCGGAGAUUCGCUCACCUGGCAUAACGGCAAACAGUUCACCACGCUGGACAGAGACCAUGACGCAUACACAGGCAACUGUGCCCACUACCAGAAAGGUGGCUGGUGGUACAACUCGUGCGCACAUUCCAAUCUGAACGGAGUCUGGUACAGAGGAGGACACUAUCGCAGCCGCUACCAAGACGGAGUCUACUGGGCUGAGUUCAGAGGAGGAGCCUAUUCACUGAAGAAAGUGGUGAUGAUGAUCCGUCCAAACCCAAACACCUUCCACUGAGCGUCCGGGGAACACAUCCUGUGCUGUAUUGUCCACUCAACAAAAGCAUAUACAGGUCCUAAAACCCAUGCAAUCUUUUUUUGGGGUUAAACGGAAUGGCACCUGACCAAGCCAGGUGACAAAGAUGAUGGUCUUGGAGGUGGCCAAUAUACGGUACCUCCUGAACUCAAGAAUUUGUGUCAUUCAGUUGUUUGUGGCAUUUUCCCUUUAACAUAUGUCUCAGUAAAGACUUGUGCUCAUUGCUCAGGAGUUGUUUUAAAUACACUGUCUUUGAUAAAACAAAAAAACUGCUUAGUUGACAGUACUGUCAUUUGAGAUAUGACCUUAACUUACAACAACACAAAAAUUUCAGUUUAGAUGCUUUGAGUUAGAAACCCUAAAUAUAUAGUAUGUGUGUAAAGUUUUUUUUUUUAAACCAUAACAACCACAAAGCUGACACAGGAAACAUAUCCAGUGACUUUUAAUUUCAUUCUAAAUGCAUUUUUUAAUGUGUAAAUUAUACAGCGGCAUUUAUUGACUUUUAAUAUUGGGUUGCUAUUCUGGCCAGUUUUGUCAAUUACAUUAAAAUAUACUGGAAGAAUUGUGCCAUUUUAUUUUCUAGCAUAAAGCCCAAAUUGCUACCAGUACCCAACAUCAUUAACGGUCUGCUUAUAUAUAUCCCAUUUAAUAGAUUUGAGGGAGUAAACUCUCUGAAAGUCCUGCUUUUUUAUUAAAAAUACUUGUUUUGAAAUCUUGAAUUGCUUAAACAGGUAUCCACCAAUUUGCUUGUAUGAAUCAAGCACUGUAUUUACUGUAUAAAUUUAGUGGUUUGUUGAUGUCAAUAGAUCCAAAACAUUGUUUUUGUACAUAAAAGAUAUUUGUAAUAUAAUGUAUUAAAACCUGUUAUGUCACUAUUAAGUUGCAAUAAAAUAUGUACAGCUUGA